AUGGCCGACGGAAGGCAGCCGCGAGACACACCGACGACGUCCCAGUCGACGACAACGACAACGACGACGACGCAGACUGCAGAAAAUACAGAGACGAGGCUUGAUGCACCGAGAAUAUUGCGUUUACGAGGCGAACAUACGGCGACGGGACGGUCGGUGCAGUGGGCUGAGGACGUGAUCGACAACGAGACGCUCGGGCGCAAAAGUUCAAAGGUCUGCUGCAUAUACCAUAGGCCCAAGGCGGUGGACGAAUCGAGCGACGAGUCGUCGUCAGACUCAUCCUCGGAUGGGUCGUCGGACUCGGAUUCUGGCGCCGACAGGAAGCAGGGCGGCGACGGGAAGAAGACGCCGGCAUGCGGGCACGCCCACCACGGACGCGGCAAGGCACGCGGGCGGAGAAAGAAGCCGGACGAGAAGCAGAAACGGCCGCCAAGCCCGAAUGCGUACGAGAAGCUGCCGAAGCAGAAGCCCAGGGACGAACCUACGGGAAGCAAGGCCUAG